AUGAAUUCGCAGCGUGGUUCGUCGAGACGCGGUCGUGGGACUUCUUCCAGCCGUGGUCGUGGUACCUCGUCUUCCUCUAGCGGUGUUCGACGUGGACGUGGCCGCGGUCGGGGAUCAUACUACAACCGCUCCAACGGCGCAACCUCUCGCAAUCCAUCUUUUCGCGCAUUGAGACAACCCUCAGUCACUCCUUCGACUGCUUCGAGACUGACGACUCCGAAUCCAUCAAACAACUCCCGACAAGCUUCAUCUGCGCCUAGUGUGGUACACGGACAAGUCCCAGCUUCAAUCGCCAACUCUCAACCUCGAAACCACUUCGAUGACGGUGCUAGUGAUGAGGCUCUCGAUGAGAUCGUCAUGGCAGUUGACAUGAAACCUCGCGGUACUGUCGGUUGUGCGUAUUACAUUGCUGCACAAGAGAAGUUGUACUUUAUGGAAGACAUUGAGCUGGGUGGUCCAGAUAUUAUCGAAGCUCGUAAGNUAUGA